AUGGAGAUGUUCCUAAGACACUUUGUCUUCUCUGUGCUUCUCUCAACAGACAUCAGUGGGCGUGGGGAUGUGGUUUUGGUGAAGCCUCAGCAAUCACCCCCUUUGGGUUCAGGGGUCGGAGCUUUUCUGGAGUGUGAAAUUUGUUCUAGCCGCGGCAGUAGCUGCAUUGGCGAGAUGGAACCCUGCGAUGCUGGUGAAGACAUCUGUGCCACCAUCACUAUUGAGAAUUCUCUAGAAAACAUUACAGUCCUGACAGUAGUGAAAGACUGUGUUUCUUCUGAGAUCUGUAUGUCUCCUGGGAAAUCCAUGAAUUUGGGGAAAGGAAGAUACAUCCGUUCUUACUCCGUCUGUUGCAUUGAGGAUUCCUGCGCAAUGGAAAACCCUCCAUUAGUGACAUCAGGAAAUGAAGUGAAUGGAAAACACUGCCCAUCCUGCUUCUCUAUCAAUGGCAGCUGUCAUACCGAAGAGGCAGAUUGUUCCGGCGAUGAGAAUUAUUGCUUUGAGGUGUUCUCAUCUGAACAUAUUGGUGGAAGAGUCUUGGAUACUGUGAUGAAGGGCUGCGCCACCAAGAAUGUUUGCUUGGCAAUAAACGAAGGAGAAAGCACCCCUAUUAAAGAGUCCGGUAUGUCUUUCAAGCAUGGUGAAUGCACCCCCAAAGUUUCUGGGGGGUCUCAGACCACCGGACUCCUCUACCUAGCCUUCGCUGAGCUGCUGCUGCUGGAGAUUAUCUCGUGA